UAAUGAUCGAUUUAGUAAGCAUUAUAACUACAGGAGGAGUCAUUCUAUUUUAUAAAGUAAGAAGAUUCUAUAUAUUAUUUAGGCUCUUUGUUAAAUAAAAGAAGAUGUAUUGGGUAAAGUCAUUGAUGGAUGUUUACAAUAGAAAACAUAAUUAUAAUUGGGAUCAAUGAAAGUUUAAUGGGUUGUUUUAAAUGAAUUAGGAUUGAUAUUUAUCGUUUCUUAUUAAGAAAUCUUUUUCAUUUAAUAUAUUGAUGUAUUGUUGAAAAUGUUGUAAACUUAAUUUAAACAAAUUUAUAAUCCCGCUAUUAAAUAGAAAGGAAUUUAUAAGUAAUUAGAUAAUCUAAAAUCAUAGAUCUAUCCCAGAAUUUGAUUCUGGUUUUGAGGAAGUCAUGAAAAUGUGGCAAUUAUAUUGUGACAAGAGAAAUGAAAAGGAAAAAGAAGGACCAACAAGAACAUAAGAUUAACAAGAAUAAUUUUAAACAUUUGAACCGAAAGUUGAAACAGGUAAUACGCCUAAUGAAGAAUAAAAUGAUGUUUAAUAAAAAUUGAGCAAAUCUGAAAUAAUUAAAAUGAAGAUGUAAUAAAAAUCAGGUACAAAAUCUCCUAAAGAUGGAGCAAAGUCUCCAAAAGAUGGAGCAAAAUCACCAGUUGAUAAUAGAUCACCAAAAUAAUCAGUCAUUAUGAAUACGAAUGUAACUAAAAAAUAGAUUGAAUCUUUGGAUUUCACUAAUAAAGGUUAAAGUUAACUUUAAACUAAUUAAAAUGAGAAAUAUAUGACUUAAGAAUAAGAAGAUGAUUUAUUAAAAUAAUUUGUUGGUGAUGAUGAUCCUUUAUUUGGUUCAGAUGAUGAAAAUCCAAAAUAAUAAAAAAAAUAAGGUUUAUUUUCAAAAUUGACAGGAAAAAUUCAGAAUCUUACAGGAAAUAAAUAAUUAACUGAAGAAGAUUUAUUACCAGUUUUAGAUGAUUUCAAAAAUGCAUUAAUGUAGAAAAAUGUAGCAGAAGAGAUAGCAUAAAAAUUGGUUGACUCUAUUAAAAGUAAUUUAUUAGCUACAAAAACAAAGGCAUUUCAAUCAAUACGUACUUCAGUCUAAGAAGCAAUGAAAUCAACAUUAACAAGAAUUUUGACACCUAAUAGACAUAUUGAUAUUAUUGCGGAAGCAUUAAGAUCAAAAGAAAAAUAAAAACCUUAUGUAAUAGUUAUUAUAGGAGUUAAUGGAGUAGGAAAAUCAACCACACUUGCAAAAUUAGGAUAUCUAUUCAAAAGUUAAGGCUUCUCAUUAAUGAUAGCCGCUUGUGAUAAUUUCAGAGCUGGUGCUGUAGAAUAAUUAAAAACUCAUGGAUAAUGUUUGGGGAUUCCAGUUUAUGAUAGAGGAUAUAAAGAUGAUCCUCCUGAAAUUGCUUAUUAAGCCAUAAGGGAAGCAACAAUAAAAAAAAUUGAUGUUGUUUUAGUAGAUACAGCUGGAAGGAUGUAACAUAAUGAACCAUUGAUGAGAGCAUUAUCAAGAAUAGUAACCAUGAACAAUCCUGAUCUUGUAUUAUUUGUAGGGGAAGCCUUAGUUGGUAACGAUGGAGUAGAUUAAUUGGUUAAUUUUAAUAAAGCUUUAAUUGUAAAUAGUCCUAAGGAUAAUGUUAGAGAGAUUGAUGCUAUUAUUUUGAGUAAAUUUGAUACUGUUGAUGAAAAAGGUAAAUGAUUUAUAAUAUAUUAUGUAGUCGGUGCAGCUUUAUCAUUAACAUCAGCCACAGGCAAACCAAUUCUUUUUGUUGGAGUGGGAUAGAAAUAUACACAUUUAAAAAAAUUAAAUGUGAAUACUGUUGUGAGAGCAUUAUUACAAUGAU